ACGAGGACAGGAGUACUCAAGUGUGUCUGCUCUCAAUGCAAAAUGUCGAAACCCAUCGUGUCCUUAAUUUUUGUAGUUUCCUUGCUGGGUUGCUGUCACACUCAGAUGGUCUGUAGUUUCAAUGAUGUGCUACAAAGUUUGAAUCUGACCGAUCUUCCGGGUCCUGAUGUGAGACCGGUAAAAGACUGGAGAAAACCAACCGUGGUCUAUAUAGACUUUUACCUCUAUACGGUCAUCGACUUGGACACAAGUCUACAGAUCUUAACUACCCUUCUCUGGUUUAACAUGGUGUGGACAGAUGAGUUUAUUUCCUGGAACCCUGAUAAUUUCUGUGAAAUUAAUAGAGUGCGCAUACUCGGCGAAAUACUUUGGAAACCAGACCUCUACAUUUAUGAAAUGACAGACUAUAAUAAGGAUUCUUCAGUGAAACUCUAUUACUCCAUCACAAGCAAUGGCUCAAUCAGUUAUUCAGCGCCUUUGAGGACUGUCACUAGCUGUAACCUGCAUAUCCUCAAGUUUCCAUUUGAUACUCAAACGUGUACCUUAACCUUUGGUUCUUAUAUUCACUCAGUUGAGGAAAUAAUCAUGUUACCGAAAGCCAAUUCCAGCCAGAUAAUCCAAAAUGCUAAGGAAAUUUUUGUUAGCAAAGGAGACUGGACGUUGGAAAAUAUUACUGUUGAAACCCAGAUUCUUCUGACUGAUCAAGUGAAUUACAGCCAAGUAGUCUAUCAGAUAACCAUGAAAAGAGCUCCAAUCGUUUAUAUUAUUAAUCUCAUCAUCCCGUCAUGCUUUUUGGUUUUUCUGGACAUUGCCAGUAUGUUUAUACCAAUAGCAAGUGGUGAAAGACUCAGCUUUAAAAUAACUGUUGUUUUGGGGUUCUCUGUGGUUUUACUGAUUCUGAAUGAUAUGAUCCCCAACUCUGAUGAUAUCCCUUUUUUAGGUAUAUUCUGCUGCGUGUGUAUGGCCAUUAUGGUAUUCAGCACUAUAAUCUCCACAGCUACAUUAUACAUGUAUACCCUUUCGGAAACCCAAGAAGAAGUCCCACUUUGGGUAAAGACAUGGAUCAUAAAAUAUUUGGCGUGUGCUCUUCGCUUCCAUUUUAAGUCAAAGGAUGAAGAUCUGGUCGUUGAGGUGACAGAUUACAAAAAUGCGGACUUUACUAAAAGAACAGAAAAAAAUAUUGAACUUCGAGACAGGAAUAAGAGCAGCUUAAAAGACGUUCAAAGUACCCUGGAAGUAAAGUUGUUGAAAAGGUUACUGGUGGAAGUUCUGAAGAUCCACCAGCAGUUGGUGGUCCAUCUUUGUAAGGAUGAGGCUGUAUCUGAAUGGCACAUUGCUGUUUUGAUAGUAGAAAGGUUAAUCCUUAUUGUCUAUUUCAUCAUUAUAAUUGCACUUUUUGUCAUUAUGAUUAGUGUUUGGUCCAACUGAAUGAUAUCUACAAAGGAAAACAAAGUUCUUGAAAGAUAUCCUUGCAAAUGUAUGUUAAGUGCGGUUUCAAAAAAGUCAAACGGAUCAUGUUGCAAAUAUCAAAAACAGUUUACAAUUAUUAACCAGGUCUAUGCUAAAGAUUAUUACAAUGG